UCCGCUUCGCAGAGCGAGAGCACCAGCACCAGAUCGUUUUGUGCUGUUCCGUGCGCGUCGCGUGCCGUACGAAGCGGUGGAGCGGCGCUCGCUCAGCUGUUGUCUCGCCGUGAAAUGACAGUUUCGCGUCGCGUCGGUGGUGCGCGAUGUGGAAAUCAAUUUCAUGAAGCUCGGCAGCGUGAAACAGCGUGAAGCAGUGCUGGGUGAAGUGAACCGCAGAGCGUCGCAACUACCGUGUUGCAAUCAAGACCCCGCGUCGGGAAAGAUGAACGGGAGCUUGGGAAUAACGCGCGGCUCGGAGCAACAUCCGCAACGGUUCGCGGAUUACUUUGUCAUAUGCGGCCUGGACAAGGACUCCGGCCUAGAACCGGAUAAGUAUUUCGGUGAUUCAUUGCAGUGCACGCCUCUGGAUCGAGCAUACAAAAGCAAAGUAUUGGGACAUUAUCCAGAUUCGGUACCAUGGAAUCCUUUCGACGAACAUGCUGUGUGCAUGCUUUGUCUGCCAAGCGGUUUGCGUUUUCGCACCCAAAAGCAUUCGGUGGAGCCGACCUUCCACUCCUUCGUCCUGACGAAAGAAGAUGGUCGUAGAACAUACGGGUUCAGCCUCGUUUUCUACGAGGAGUGCCGCAAUCGCAAAAUAUGCGCCGCAAUGCAAACGUUACAAGCGAUGCAUAUCACGGAGCUCAGCAGCGGUCAGAACGGCACGCCUCCCACCGUGAGGAAGGGCCAGGAUGGACAUAACACGAGAUCGUUACCACGUCACUUUAAAUUGUCAGCCCAUUCACCUGGUGCUGCAUUAGGAUAUUAUGAUUCUAUCAAAGACAAGUUGUUAGUGACUAAAUCAAUAGCUUUGCUAUGCCAACAGCCUUAUCUUUUCGCGGCAAAGACGUUCCUCACCAAUCUUUACAAGUGUGUUCCUAGACAUCCUGGACCUGGUCUUAGCUUAGAAUCUUAUGUCUACAAUCUUCUGUACAAUGUACCGAUACCAUUGCCUGGCAAAUCGUUGAAGUUUUUCGUACCUAACGAUGAACCAGCGAAAUCACCCUUGGAACUAGUUAUUUAUCAACCAUCAUCAUUAUUGGAGCUUCCGAUGUUGGACUAUCCUCUCAAAGACGUAUUCACGUGGCUAGGCGCAGACUGUCUGAUUCAAUUGUUCACGUGCGUGCUGUUAGAGAAUCAGGUUCUCUUGAGGAGCGCCGAUUUUCACAAGCUGAUGGUGGUAUCCGAAUGCAUAACGGCGCUUUUAUUUCCGUUCUCCUGGCAACACGUUUACGUACCAAUAUUGCCCGCCAGUCUGCAUCACUUCUUGGAUGCACCUGUGCCCUUUAUAAUGGGUCUGCAUGCACAGAGCGAAGGCGGCGUAUUAAAGAUUGCUAGCGAAGCGAAUCUUUGUUAUGUAGAUAUAGAUAAGCAGAAUAGUCAAUUUCCGGAAGAAUUACCUGUGUUUCCUCAUAAAAUGCAGUUUAUUGCUGAGAUUAGAGCGCUUCUGAACAAGUACAAAGUACCAAAUUCAGGAAAGACUGGUAACAUGGUCAUAAAUUAUUACAAUGGCGAUAUCAUGACUAGUAGUCUGACGCUUCCUGGUUCUGGUUUUCAUCUUCCUCGCAGAAAACAUUCUCUACAUGACGUGCUAGAUUGGGAUCGACCAGAAACGGAACUGCAAUCGGAUAAUUUGCAAAGAAUAGUUGAUAUUGUUAAAAGAUCAGUAAAUGUAGAUGAUAUUGAUUCUAUAGAAGAUAAUACGGAAAAGAUACUCACACCGCAGGAGGAAUAUCGAGAGACUCUCGAUUUUAAUAAUGCUGUUAGAGAGAUUUUUUUAAAUCGUUUUGUACAAAUGUUUUCUAGUUACGAACAUUUUGUUAUUCAACCGAGUCAGGAUAAAGAUGAAUGGAUAAAUAAUAGAGAUAGUAUGCACGUUUUCGACAAAGCCACAUUUUUAUCCGAUCAGCCUACGCAACAUCUGCCGUUUUUGUCGAGAUUCCUGGAAACGCAGAUGUUUGCCUCUCUCGUCGACAGCAAAGUGAUGUCAACGUGGAGCGAACUCGAUUGCAAUAUUAAAGUUUUCGACCAAAGAAUCUCUGCUCUUAAAAAGAAAGUCGGAGAAAGCAUUAUACGAUCGAUGAGAUAUGAGCCUUACACAAAUAUCGCAGAUACACAGCAAAUACUCAAACAGAGAUUAAUCAAUGUAGACUUUGAAACGAAUCCGCCUACGGAAAUUCUUCCUCACAGAGCCGCAUAUUUUCGCAGUUUUCCUUUGCUAGAUAACGUCGUAUUGAAUAAAGAACCAGCUCAAAGUAGUAGAAGAGGGCAAACACAAUGGAAAUACAAGAUGAAAUCCAUAGACACAAAUGGAAAACCUGUAACGCCUCAAGAAUCUCAGUCACCUCGACCUCAAACUAAACUCUCAGCGGAUAUGAGCCCCGCUUUAAUAGCGCAAGCUAAUUGGACGUUCGUAGAAAAAUUACUCAAGGACUGUAAAUCCAAGACAAAGAGGAUGUUGGUGGAGAAAAUGGGAUCGGAAGCUGUUGCGCUUGGUCACGGAGGCGAAUCUCUAUCCGAUGUCGAAGAGAAUACUCUAGUCGCUAGCCUUUGUGAUUUAUUGGAACGAGUGUGGAGCCACGGACUGCAAAACAAGCAAGGCAAAAGCGCUCUUUGGUCGCAUUUAACCAUGUACCAAGAAUCGGAGGAAUGUAACGAUACGACCAAAUCUAUAGACGUCAAUUUUCUUUCUCCUGCAAAGAAAUCGCCUAAUAAGUUUUUUGGAAUACCGGACCGUUUGGUUUCAUCUUUGAGAGGCAAAAGUAUUAUUGAAAUUGCUUCUUACAUCAAGGAAAAUUUGAAUGAUUUGUCUAAUUUGCAAUUGGAAACGGAUGUUUCACCCACGAGGGGUACGGACAAACAUAAAUCUCCCGGUGAGAGAAAAACUGUUGGUCCGGAACACUUAAGGCCUCUUCCGGAUUCCCUAAUCUUCGACAUUCGUAACGUACAAGCAAUGACUGAUAUUAAAACACACAUUGGAUAUGCGAGAGCGUGGGUACGAUUGGCGCUUGAGAAAAAAUUACUGUCGCGCCAUUUGAAAACAUUAUUAUCGGAUAGUGCUUUAUUGAGGAGUCAGUAUAAACGAUCAGCAUUUUUGCGUUGUGAGGAAGAGAAAGAGCAGUUCUUGUAUCAUCUUUUGACCCUCAAUGCCGUCGAUUAUUUCUGCUUUACAAACAAUUAUCCGACAACAAAGUUACCGUAUCGAGUUGUGAUAUUCCCCAGCCGAAAAGCAAGCGCUGCUACCACUUCGGCUAAUAGUUGGAUCGCUAUUUCCGGUACGCUUUGCGAAACUAAUCCCGUACCCAUACCAAAAGGAGCAUUAGAAUUUGUAUUUCAUCAUAAAAAUUUAGGCGUGUUGUCUACGUUAAGAAUUGGACACGACAAUACUGGAUUGUCGCCAAAAUGGAUGGUGGAACAUGUUGUAGUGAGAAACGAAGUAACUGGACACACAUUUAAAUUUCCCUGCGGUCGUUGGCUUGGCAGAGGAAUAGAUGACGGAUCCACCGAACGUUUAUUAGUGGGUGCUUUAGUACCUCGUAGCAUUGACAGCGAGGAGUUGGUAGAAUCAUGCUCCACCCCUCCGAGAUGUAGAUCUCCGAGUAUACCUAGACGUCUCAUGCUGUCGCAAGUCGAACUGCAACACAUGCUCGGCGAAGCUGUAAAUGCCAUAGUCAAAUAUCAUUACAGAAGAGAAUGUCAAGAUGGUUCUUUGACGGCUCUGUUGUGCGGAGAGGGCGGUCUUGUGCCGUCUUUAGAACAAAUAUUUUUGUUUGGUUUUAAAAAUCAAAGAAUAUUUGGAAGAAACUUUUACGUGUGGGACUACUUUUUGCGCGUGAAAGAGAAUUUCGAGAUUUCUUUGCUGGAGGAAAUGGACGAGUAUUCUCAAAGACUCAAUCGAGAUAGAAGAGUAUAUACGGAAAGCAGCCAAAGAUUUACUAUCUUAAGAUGUUAUUGUCAUCUCAUUGAUCAAAUUAAUAUGUUUAGCCAGACUUUAGGGAAAGAUGGAAAAUUUCAAUUAUUUAUCUGUUUAGCACUGAGAGAGCAGCUCCUACAUCCAAUGUUGCGUCCGAUGAGCGAUGCGCGUUCCACAGCAGAUAUGUAUGAGGAAAAUUCGUUUUUACGAAAUCCUACGUUAUUGACUUUCCUUGUUCAUAUUCUUGAACCGUUGAGCGAGUUCCAUAUUGUUCUCGAGAAAAGCUUGACUCACGGAAUCUCUAGUAUAUGUUAAUAUUUGCCAAACGGUAUCAAUUGCAGAUAUUCCGUGUUCCUUCGGUAAGUGUUGCGAAUUAUAUGAAAUAUUUAUAAUCUUAAGAAUGUCAUGUCAAGCUUUCCAAGGUUAUAUAGUAAGAAUGUAUUUGUUAAUAUGGCGUUUUCAAUUAUUGACGAAAUUAGAAUGAGCUUUUCAUAAACAGGAGCACAGGAACAUACCUUUAAUUGAUAAAAAAGCCAAUUAAUUCUAAACAGUAACAAAUGAGCAACUCAAUUGUUAUUACAUAUGACGAUAAAAAAUUCGACAAAUUUUAUUAUUGUAGGGAAAAUUAAAAAAGAUUUAAUAUUAAAACUAAAGACUGUUACGGAGAUGUAGCUGUAUGAUAUGCGUCUAAACAACAAAUUAAUGACGAGAAAUAAUGCGAGAUUUAUUAGAAAUAACACAUUAAACAAGAUAAACAUAUAAAUCUCGUCCUAUUUCAGAAAUAUUACGAUAAUAUUUUAUCGGUGAUAAAAAAAUUAAUAUAUAAUUAAAAUAUAUUUGAUCCUAUCUUGCCAUAACUAUUAAUGUGAAAGAUGGAGUUUGUUGAAAUUUAUACUAGUGACGAAUCAUGUACCAAAGAUGUGAUCCCAUUUAUUAUCAUUUUAUAUUAACUUUUAUUAACUUUUGUUAUAAGUUAUUAAAUUUCUUUAACAUUAUACAUUGUCAUAUAUUUUGAAUGCAUGCAGAAUCUUUUGAAAUAAUUUUUGUAUUUGUACAUAUGCAAAUUAAUGAUAAUUUUUUCUUGCAAAAACAAAAUGUUUGAUAUCUUCAUACGAAGAAUUAUCAUAAAAUAUUUACGUAUAUAUGUAUGUAAUCUCAUGAAUCUCUCAAUGGACUAUGCUUAUUAGAUAGGAAAUAAUUAUUUUUUAAUGGCUGUGCUUCGCGAUAUUUGCAUGCUAUGAGAUUGUUGAAUACAACUUGUGUUAAUCGCGUGAGUACUAACAUGACAAUUUUAUGUUAUAUAUAGGAAAAGGAAAGAGUGAUUAUCACAUCAUCUUCUAUUAAUACGCUAUUAUACUAAUUUUUAUACUAUUUUUUUUAUCUCCGGUUCUAUAUUCGGCGACAUGGAAUAAAUUAAAAUUUUUACUAUAGUAAGAUUUAUAUUCUUCAGCUCUCAUAGAUUUUGUUUUUAUCCCAAUGAGAGAUAUUAUGAUUUCAAAUUAAACUCAACCUCAAUUUACGAUAUGGAAUAUGAGAUCGAAACUUUAUUAAUUAUCAUAUCAGAAAUGACUAUUCUAAUUAAUCUAUCUUUUCUAUGUAUAAUUAUUGCUGCAAACUUUAAUGAGAUAUAUAUUCUAAGUUAUGAUCAUACAUACAUGCAAAAGUCUUUUUAUUUUACUAAAAAACAAAUUACUUUUUUUAAUUCUUUUGGUGUUUUGCAAGUUCAUUGAGUAAUCAUUUACGUGCAAAUUUAUUAUCUACAUGUUUUAAUCGUAAUCGUAAUUCGAGAAGACAAGAGAAUUGUGUCAUUGUGAGAAUUUCAUCGUAAAUGGACCAAAUGACAUAAUCAUGUUUAGAUUGCAGCAUCUUUCCCCAAAAAAACAAAAAUUGAUAAAUUGAUAAAAAAAUUGCUUGUUUUUUUUGCACAAUUCACGAAACAAUAAAAGUAAAUGAACAAACUUUUUGAUUCAAAUAUUACUCGGUGAUCAGAAGCUAUUAUUACAAAUUUGAUAUAUAUGAUCUUUGUGAGCAACGUGGGAUGAUAAUAUUGUGUCUAUUAUAAAAAAUAAUUCCUAGAGUACAAUGCUACAAGUAUUUCUAAUUGACUCAGAACUUCACUGGGCAUCAAAGAAUUAAGAUUUAUUUGGUAUUUCUUUUUCAAACUAAUAUACAUAUCUUGAUUUUAUUUGAUUAUAUUAUAUACAUUGAGAUAUUUGCAAAACAAAGUGACAUUUAAUAUCGUAGAAUCAAAAUAUGUACAAUAUUAGUUUGAAAAUUAUAUCAAACAGUUCUUUGGCCAAAUAUGAGAUUAGGAUUGACUUUUGCAUUCAUCCAGAUAUAUAUAUAUGUAUAUAUAUAAUUCUUCGUUUACAAAGAUGACGUAACGAUAUAAGAGGUUUCAAAUCGACCAAUAACGCGUGCGCGCUUACAUCGCGCCAUAUUAGUUUCGCGCCAGUUAGAUCGGAUAGACGCGGUGUGAAGCCGUUCCGUAUUUUUCGCAUUUUUUUUCCGGCAGAAAUACAUCGCACUUGCAUAGAUACGUUAGAAAAUGUAUUGGGCGAUAAGAUUAAGUAGCGUAGCAGAUUAAUCGUCACGCGCGAUCGAAAUUUGCUAUGCUUUUCCCGAUAUUCGUAUUCACGCGAGUGAGUGCUCUCAAAUCAAGUUGUCCGGUACAGUCUCGAUGAGAAGUUGUAAAGCGAUAUCUACGGUACCGGUGAGUAAAUUUGUUACGGUUGCGUCAUGAUUAAUUUAUUUCCAAUCAUCCGGCUAUUAUUCUCGCAAUAUUAGAUGAUAAAACACUCACGUACGUGGUUUUUAUAAUUUAAUUUAUAGUACAAUUUCUUAUUUGAAAUUAUGAGAGCCAAAAGUGUUGUAAAGAUUGUAAUAUCUUUGCAUAUUCA